AUGGUGCCUUACAAGCAUGACUGUAAAUGUGCCUUCUGUGGCAAGAUGGUGGAAACUGAUCGACAUGUGUUUAAGGAGCGCUUGGCUCUUCAAUGCUUUUGGCAUUUCUAUCCCUUGAAAUUGAAGCCAAAAGAUCAUGCAGCACAUGACGUAAGACAAUGGGUAUUUGACAUGAUGGAUGAUUUAUGCUCUGAUUUCUGUGAUUAUUUUUUCAUGGCUCUAUGGUUAAUUUGGAGUGAAAGAAAUAACCUUGUUUGGAAAGGUGGUUCUUUUCAACCCAUGCACAUGAUUGCAUGGUGUAAGCAGAGAGUGGAGGAGUUCCAAUUGUACCAUCCGGAAGCAACACGGAAGAAAAAGAGGCCUGUCACGAAGUGGGAAUGCCCUCUGAGUGGGAGGCUUAAAAUUAAUAUGGAUGAGGCAUUUAGAGCAGAUUGUGGAGUUGGAGGCAUUGGGUUAGUGGUCAGAGAUGAAUCGGGUACGAGUAUUGCAGCUAUGUGUCACGGGCUGAACUUUGCAAUGUGCAAAGCGGACCGUGCGGCACUUGCUGGCAAGCAAGUCAGCCAAGUGAGUGCCUUGCAAGGAACAAUUAAUCAAAGCCACACGAUAUUAAAAUAG